AUGGGUACUGCCACCUAUCUGUCCCCUGUAUCUCACAGAAGGCAUUCAGAGACGGGGCUUGCAACGCAAUCAUCACCUGAUAGUAGCAUUGCUAGUCAGAUUACUAGUUGGAAGCUCCGUCCUGGCGUUCACACACCACGGGCGUUCAUUACAGAGUUAGCAAUCAUCUUUGAAAGCAUUCUUGUCCAACUUGGACCAGAUGACCCUUCGACACCUUCCUCUCCAGAGAUCCUCAUGGAUGACCUGCGUUCUAGUCUAUCUCAUGAGGGUCGUGAGUCCACGUUGCCCUUGCCAGACUGGAACGAGCCCAACCUAUCUGAGAUGACAAAACAAGCCAAGCGUUUUGCCCAGGUUCUUGCCCAGGUUCUUUAUCAAUAUGCAGCAGAGUUCCAACAUUCGGUGCCGGGCGACCCUCAACUCGUUGUCUAUAGCCCCUGCGAGGGUCACAAAUGGGUGCCUGCAGCCGGUCGACUGUUACGCAGCAAUCGAAGCUCUCCUAUUCCUAUGAUGCCUUACAACGGAUGGCUACAUCAGAUUACAUGCCUCCGAGAUGCGUUACUCGCAUUCGAAAACUUUGAGGACGUACAAUUGGAUUUUUCUGAUACUAUUCAACGGGGUACAUGUCCUAUGGAGAGCAUCAGGGAGGCGUUCCUGUUUAAGAUCCAGACAUAUAAAGUGAAUCAUAGUGAUAUAAUUUACGUAGCAAAAGCUUUGGCUGAUCCCGGUCUUCCAAGUGGCGGAUAUAGUUCCCAGUAUCGAUAUGGAGUAGUCCUUCCAGCUGCUUUGUUUGCACCGUCCAGUUCACGUCUGCUUCGCUAUAUCCCUACUCAACUGGACAUCAAUGGCGAGGAAUGUGUCAUGUUUGAUUUCCGAACGAAGUACCGAAGAAAAUGA